AUUACUUCAGAGAGGAAGUCUGCAAUGCGUUAGUUUGUUGUCGUCUAUGUUUGUAACACAAGAUACGGUAUUCCAAACAUGGUUCAUUUCGAUGGAAGUUAAAUAAUGGACAGGUGAGAGCGGAACAGAAGCAUUUGAGAGCUGAGAGGUACGUUUUGACCAAUUAUCUGGGUCAUGCUUUGGCUCGUUAAAUGUGCGGGAAUUAAACAGUAACAUGGCACUGUCAUGCAUUGGCCGUGUGUGUAUUCUGUGUGAUGUACUAAAUUACUGCCAGUAAGCAGGGCAUUAGAUUUACUUUUGCUUUCGCUUUGAGUAAUUAACUACAAAACGAAACGGAACCGAAACGGUCGCACCCUUCUCUGUAGAAAGAUGUGGCGGCAGUUGUUUCUCACGUACUUGCUUCUGAAAGUUUCCAGUCCGCAUAUAACCAGUUUGGGGGACACAACAGUGGAGUAUGGCAAAGAUGCAUACUACAAGUGUGAGCUUCAGAACCAGAAGGAUGUUCACCAGAUCACGUGGCAGAAGCGUCUACGGGAUAAUCCCGUUGAGAAUCUCGGGUCCUACAGUGAGCUGUCUGGCCAGCACAUCAAUGAGCUGUACCAGGGAAAGGUGAUUCUCAAUGAGACAUCCCUCAGCUCAGUGUCCCUCAUCCUAAAGAACGUCACAUGGGCGGAUGAGUGUUGUUACAUUUGCAUCUUCAAUGUGUACCCAGGAGACUCCAAAAGAAAGCAGAAAUGCCUCACCGUGCAAGGAAUAUCUGAGUUGAAAGCUAAGGUAUACAAUCCUGAAAUCGAGCUUGCGGAUGGAACAGCAACAGUUGUGUUCAGCUGCUCCGCCACCGGGAAACCAGCACCAACCAUCCGCUGGCGCUUCUCGCCAAAUUCCACCGUUUUGCACCAGAUGACGCCCACCACAGUAGCCAACCGCGACGGCACCUUCACCAGGAGUCAGAAUGUCACGUUGCACUUGACCGAGAGUUGGGACGGACAUGCAGAAUGUGUGGUGCAGAGCGGCAGUCGGGGCGAAAGGAUGAAAAGGGUCACCUUUUCCUGGGAUGCUGGCCAGGAGAAGAUGGUGGAAGACAGAGAGACUGGUGGAGGAGUGUCAAAACCCGGACAGUCUCUUUUGGUCAUUGUGGUUGCUGUUGCUGCUGCUUUUGGAAUGGCCCUAGUACCGGUAAUCAUCAUUGUAAAAGCACUGAAAAGGUGAGUUAUAGCAGUUCUCUCAGAAAUAGUAUGUGAAUAUUGUAAUAUGACGUUGUUUAGCUGAAACGUGAUUAAUACUAAGAUCUUUCACCACUAUUGCGUUUCUGUCUUCACUCUGACGUUUGACCUGUGAGUAGCUAAGUACAGUAUUACAUUCAAGGGAAAACAAACAGAUUUCUCUGCAAAUGGUACUAAUUGAUGUAUCAGCAGUUACCGGGCGCAGUUGCAACCUGCUGUGAGCUAGCUAGCUAUACCGGUAAUUAUAUCCCGAAACAGCAUCUUGCCUUCGAAUAGUACUGUGGUGUGGCAGCUUUAGCAUGCCUUGUUGUCAAGCGUCGAAAGGCCCUGUGAUGACUCUGUCAGAUAUGUUCCAGCAACCAUAGGCUAUAAUCACAUAUAUUUUGACAGCGCAAACACAGAGAUUUUUAAGCAAAGUAAAGAUGCUACAUGUAGCGCUAUUUGUUUGACAGACGACAAGCGAAUGGGGCGUGCCCACAGCAUUCUUGAGCAAAGAGAAGAACUUGAUUUGUAAGGGUUGUUGACAACACAUCUUUGUGUUUAGUCACAUUUGGAAGAGAUUUCAUAUUUUCAGGGGCUUUUCAGUGUAAUUAAAAAAGAGAACAUCCUGACUAACUCGUAUUGGUAAAGUUCCUGGUUUUGUUUCCUCUUCCUCUCAGGCACAAUAUUUUCAGACGAACUGUUUAGUUUGUCAUCUCAACCAUGACCCCUGGCAACAUGCAGCGACAACGGGACAUACUAUACGUAUUGAAGGCGAUUGGCAGAAGUGCCCCAACUUAGCACCUAAUUUCAACCUGCCGACCUUAUUUUCCUUUUUCCACAGAUUCAUGUUUGAUUUUUGAAGGAAUUCCCGCGUGUUGUUUUUCUUUGGCCGGAAGGAAAUAGAAAUCUUCAGGCUUUUGAGUUUUUUUCAUUACUCUAUGAGAUGGAAGGGGAGGUACUUGAGGCGUUAUGAUCUCCGUCAGGAGUUAUAAGCUCGAAAGUGUCCUUUUUGUGCCCUCUAGUGGGGCUUUGUAGUUGCACUUUACAGAAGUCGGAGAGCACAUGCAGGUUAUUUGCGGACAGAUCGAAUGUUUAUAAUUUAUGUUUAUAAUAACAGAUUUUGCUUAUUUUCACUUUUGAACCUCUGUAAAUAAUUUUGUGUACACUGAACAUUGUUGUUAUGAUAUGAUUAUUUAUAUUAACAGUUCCUCUUCACCUUCGCACUGAUUUUAUGCUGUUAAUGGUGUGUUUUUCCCCCCCUGCAAAUUCAAUGCAAUGCCUUCUUUGGCUGUGAUCCUAUUUUUUUCUGUAACUUGUUCAACUAAAACAUGUUGACAAUUCUUUGAGUCAAGAUAAAACGUGUUGAUGGAUCCGA